AUGGGGUAUAAAUCUGAAGAAAUCACUGAGUCUCUGAGAGACCAAAAAUACAACCAGGUGAUGGCCACUUACCUAAUUCUACAGCACCAGUCACCCGGGGGAGACUGCUUCCAUCACCAGGAGAAACCCAUGAGAGCCAUGCAGUCAGGCCAUGUCCUCAACCUGGCAGAUCUUCACACUUUCCCUAUGUGCUUAGGGAGAGCUACCAAGCCUGCUCUGCCCACCUUCACCUUGCCACCCAAGACCAAUGAGAAAGAGGGGAAGAGUGCCAGGCAGGGUGGCACAAGGCACAGCAUGUCUGCCGCCUUGUGCUGCCAGCCAAAGAAGACCCACCCUCCCCACCUACCCCAUCUGGGCUGUCCUGUGGCUGAUUCCCUCGUGGGCAGCAACCUGGAAAUCACUGAGUAUUUCACACAGACGGAGAUCGGGUCAUUCAGCAGCCACAUGGCCAGUGUCCAGCCACCUCUCUUUCUGGACACCUCCUCUCCUAGGCCACACCAGAGUGAGAGUACAGGUGACACAGACAACAACGUGUCCUCCUGCAGUCCCCAAGAGGAACUCUGCAGCUCCCAGGAGGCAUCUCAGUAUUUCACCCCCACAGGCUCCUCCCCUUGGGAUACAUUGCAGGAAGAGAACAUGAACCAGGAUGAGGCCAUCACCCAUGAAGCCACUAAGACCCAGGAAGGGACCAUAACCCAGGAUGAGACCAUCACCCAUGAAGAAGGGACCAUGACACAGGAUAAGGCCAUCAUCCAUGAAGCCACCAAGACCCAGGAAGGGACCAUGACCCAGGAUGAGGCCAUCAUCCAUGAAGCCACAAAGACCCAGGAACAGACCAUGACCCAGGAUGAGGAUGUCAUUCAGGAUGCAACUAUCACCCCAGAAGCCACCAUGACCCAGGAAGCAACCAUCAGGCAGGAAGAGGCUAUCACUCUGGAUAUGGCCAUGACCCAGGAAGUGACCAUCACCCAUGGCCAGCCCCAGGAUGCAGGUCCAGCUUCUUCCCGAACCCAGAGGCGCCACAGCUGGAAGGUUGUCAAGAAAACAAUCAUGAACUGCCUCAGACAGCUGUGUUGCUGCUGCCUGCCACCUGCAAACAGAGGCCGCACCUCCUGCAAAAACCUGGCUCCAAAGAAAAGGAAUCACGGAGUCACCCCUAGAACCAGCCAUAUCAACGAGGACCUGACCAUGGAGCAGGGCAGGGAGGCCCACUGCUCUACUGAGGAGACCUUCACUGCUGAGUAUAAGAUGAUGAUGACCCUGGGCCAAGGACAGUUUUCAGAGGUCAAACUGGCCUUUCAUAUCCCCACUGUAUCCUGUGUGGCUGUAAAAAUUUGUAGAAAUCAGAAGUAUGCCUCGCUUAUCAAGAGUGAAAUCAACAUCAUGAAAUCCCUUGCCCAUCCCAACAUAAUUAAAUUGUUUCAUGUGGUCCAGACCAGAGAGACCACCUACCUGGUGAUGGAGCAUGCGUCCGAGGGAGACCUGCUGCAUCACGUCCUGGAACUGGGGUCCUUAGAGGAGAGCGAGGCUCGAAGGCUGUUUACUCAGAUACUGCAUGCAGUGCAGUAUUGCCAUGAUAAAUUUAUCAUCCACAGAGACAUAAAGGCCGAUAACAUCCUCCUCGACCACAGGGGUAAUGCCAAGCUCUGUGAUUUCGGGAUCUCUGCUAAGGUCAUCCCUGGGCAGAAGCUUAGUGGGUUUUGUGGCACUCUAAAUUACUGUGCUCCGGAACUCUUUGGAAAGGAGGCAUAUGAUGGCCGCACCACUGAUAUUUGGAGUUUAGGUGUGCUCCUCUUCUUCAUGGUGACUGGGCGCUUUCCCUUCAAAGCUUACUCUGCUGUGAGGGUGAUACAGCAGAUCCUAACUGCAAACUUCAGGGUGCCUCCCCAUGUUUCCGUUGAUAUUCGAGAUCUCAUCUUGAAACUGCUGAUUAUAAACCCUUACAGGAGGCUCACCAUAGGCCAAAUCAUGAGGCACCCCAUGGUCAGGAACAGUGAGGCUUGUUUACCACCUACUUCCCCACAUCUCUACCAGGCACCCCGAGCCCUGGCAUUGUCAGGCCCAUGGCAGUCAUGGGGUAUAAAUCUGAGGAAAUCACUGAGUCUCUGA